AUGGCCGAGAUCUGCUGUGAGGUGGCGGCGGCGGGGUCGGCGGACCGGAAGGGGGAGUGCGUCGGCGGGGACGCCGGCAGCCGCGCGGCGCGGCGGCGGAGGAGGGAGAUCCGGCGGCUCAGGGUGGUGGCCGAGGAGGCGUCAGCGAAGAGGCGGAGGCUGGAGGUGGAUGAGGAAGACGCGGUUAGGGCACCGGCGCCGAGGUACGGCGUGACGUCGGUCUGCGGGCGGCGGAGGGACAUGGAGGACGCGGUGACCGCCCGCCUUGAGUUCAUCAACGGCCACCACUUCUUCGGGGUGUUCGACGGCCACGGCUGCUCACAUGUGGCGACGUCGUGCGGGCAGCGGAUGCACCAGAUCGUGGCCGAGGAGGCGACCGCUGCCGCAGGCUCCUCGGUUUCGGACGAGCCGGCGCGGUGGAGGGAUGUCAUGGAGAAGAGCUACUCGAGGAUGGACGCCGAGGCCGUCGGCUCCAGGGAGACCGCCGGCCCGGCGCCCACCUGCCGCUGCGAGAUGCAGCUUCCCAAGUGCGACCACGUGGGCUCCACGGCCGUCGUCGCCGUGGUGGGGCCACGCCACCUCGUCGUCGCCAACUGCGGCGACUCCCGCGCGGUCCUCUUCAGCGGAGGCGCCGCGAUCCCUCUCUCAGAUGACCACAAGCCUGACCGCGCCGACGAGCUGGAACGGAUCCACGCAGCGGGAGGGCGCGUCAUCUUCUGGGACGGCGCCCGCGUCUUCGGCAUGCUCGCCAUGUCCCGCGCCAUUGGUGACAGCUACCUGAAGCCGUUCGUGAUCUCCGACCCGGAGGUGCGGGUGGUGGAGAGGAAGGACGGCGAGGACGAGUUCCUGAUCCUGGCCAGCGACGGGCUGUGGGACGUGGUGAGCAACGAGGUGGCGUGCAAGGUCGUGCGCACCUGCCUCCGGAACAGAGCGCCGCACCCGCACGGCGGGGAGCGGUCGAGCCCGACCUCCAACCUGAGCCCCAGGCAGAGCAGCGGCAGCAGCAGCGGGGACGAGGAGGCCGGGCCCAGAUACGGCGCGGGGUCCGAGAGCGACGACGUUGAGAGCGGCGAGGACAGGGCGUGCGCCGAGGCGGCCAUCCUGCUGACCAAGCUAGCGCUGGCGCGGCAGAGCGCGGACAACGUCAGCGUCGUCGUCGUCAACCUCAGGCGGCGCCCGAGAUCGUGA